CCUGAGGUGGGAGGCCGCAGGUGGUGCAGCAGUAAUAGUAGGAAUUGGGGAGUAGUAGUAGUCCAUCAAGAGGAAGAGGAAGAAGAAGUUCAUCAUCAUCAACAACCAGAACCACUGAUGACGACGACGGUGACAUCAGCUGCGGCUACUACUACUAAUAGCAGCAGCAAGUACUGUUUAAAACACAAAAUCUCUUCUCACCCUCUUUACCCUAAGCUCCUCCAAGCUUACAUCGAUUUCUACAAGGUUGGAGCCCCAGCUGAAGAGAUGGAUGGUAUUCUCAAUGAAAAAGAUGUUAGUAGGGGAACAACAAGUUUCUCCUCCGAUCCCGAGCUGGAUGAGUUCAUGGAAACUUAUUGUGAUGUAUUAGUGAAAUACAAGUGUUGUGUUGAAAGGCCAUUCGUUGAAGCAAAUGAGUUCAUCAGCAAUAUGCAAACCCAACUCCACAACCUUUGCAGCGCUACAACCCACAACAUCAUCUCAGGCGGGGCUGAUAAGACGAUGCCAAUAUCAUCAUCAAGUAGUAUUGGGGAUCACGAAAUUAAGGAGAGACUAAUGCGGGAGUAUGGAGAAUAUAUGAGUUCCCUAAAGCAAGAAUUUUCGCAGUGGAAGAAGAAUGGAAAACUCUCUCAGCAUGCAAGAGAGGCAUUGCUGAAUUGGUGGUCUGCUCAUUACAAUUGGCCUUACCCAACGGAAGCAGAGAAGGUUGUUUUGGCAGCAUCAACAGGAUUGGAUAGAAAACAAAUUAACAACUGGUUCAUCAACCAAAGGAAACGCCACUGGAAGCCUUCAAAAAAUAUGCACUUUAACUUGCUUUUCUAGCUGCGCUACACCGGACCUUCUAUAUGAAAACGUAUUUUUAUCACAUGAUGAUAUGAUGUUGCUAUCCAAAAAUAAGAAAGAAGCUAAGAGCUGAGGAUUGUAAUAAACUUCAAUUCGUAUGAAAUGAUUUAAUUUGUUAGGAA